CGGAGGCGCUCAGUUGCUCCCAACCGCUCUGCGCUCCCGGAGCGAGCUCCCAGCUGGGAAGGCGCUGCCGCCCCCCCCGUCCGCCUGCCGAGCUUUCCCGUUUGGUUUUGCUGCGGGUUGCUCAGCUGCCCCCUCGGGACCAUGGACCUGCAUCUCUUUGACUACUCGGAGCCAGGGAACUACUCGGACAUCAGCUGGCCAUGCAACAGCAGCGACUGCAUCGUGGUGGACACCGUGCAGUGCCCUGUCAUGCCCCACAAGAGCGUGCUGCUCUACACGCUCUCUUUCCUCUACAUUUUCAUCUUCGUCAUCGGCAUGAUCGCCAACUCGGUGGUGGUGUGGGUGAACAUCCAGGCCAAGACCACGGGCUACGACACGCACUGCUACAUCUUGAACCUGGCCAUCGCGGACCUGUGGGUGGUCAUCACCAUCCCGGUGUGGGUGGUCAGCCUCGUGCAGCACAACCAGUGGCCCAUGGGCGAGCUCACAUGCAAGGUCACACACCUCAUCUUCUCCAUCAACCUCUUCGGCAGCAUCUUCUUCCUUGCGUGCAUGAGCGUGGACCGCUACCUCUCCGUCACCUACUUUGCCCACACUGCGAGCUGCAGGAAGCAGCUGGUGCGGCGUGUGGCCUGCGUCCUGGUAUGGCUGCUGGCCUUCUGCGUGUCCCUGCCCGACACCUACUACCUGAAGACUGUCACGUCUGCAUCCAGCAAUGAGACCUACUGCCGCUCCUUCUACCCUGAGCAUAGCGUCAAGGAGUGGCUCAUCGGCAUGGAGCUGGUCUCUGUCAUUCUGGGCUUCGCCAUUCCUUUCUCCAUCAUCGCUGUCUUCUAUUUCCUGCUUGCCAGAGCCAUCUCAGCGCCUGGCGACCAGGAGAAGCACAGCAGCCGGAAGAUCAUCUUCUCCUACGUGGUGGUCUUCCUCGUGUGCUGGCUGCCUUACCACGCUGUGGUGCUCCUGGACAUCUUCUCCAUCUUGCACUACAUCCCCUUCUCCUGCCAGCUGGAGAACGUGCUCUUCACCGCCCUGCACGUCACACAGUGCCUGUCGCUGGUGCACUGCUGCGUCAACCCUGUGCUCUACAGCUUCAUCAACCGCAAUUACAGGUACGAGCUGAUGAAGGCCUUCAUUUUCAAGUACUCGGCCAAAACCGGUCUCACCAAGCUCAUCGACGCCUCCCGGGUGUCAGAGACGGAGUACUCGGCGCUGGAGCCGAGCACCAAGUGAGCUGCCCUGCAGAGGCUUGGGGAAUUGCACGUGUGCUAGGAGAACAGAGUCACUUUGGGUUUGACCCUCAGGCCCAGCCCAGAGAAGAGGCGUGACCUUGUGCGUCCUCGCUAGCCAAGCUGGUCGCUCUGACAGUCUGGCGAGGGGCAGGAAGCAGACACCGCUGGCAUCAGGACGGGCUCAGCCUGGCCUCUGUACCGAAGGGCCUUCCGUGUCCUGGCGGCUUUUAUAUGGUGACAUGUAUUUAAGUUUUAAGACUUUCUUUUCUCACUCUUGGUGUACCUUAUAAGUGUAUUUGAAAGUGAAAAUAUAUUUUAAAUAUUGUCUGGGAGGUAUAAUGCUGACAUAUACAGAUCGCUGUAGUUUUAGGGUUAGUUUGACUUCAGUCUUGACUAAGGAUG